AUGUCCACGGGGUUCUCCUUCGGGACCGGCACGCUGGGCUCCACCACCGUAGCCCCCGGCGGGACCGGCGCAGGCGGCGGUUUCUCCUUCGGGACGGGGCAUCUAGGUGGUUUUGGAACCGGGCUCUUUGGAACGAAACCUACCACUGGGUUCACUCUGGGAGGAACAAAUACAGGGAUUGUCAUUGGUGUCAGACCUAAAAAAUGGAAUAGCAGCAACUAUAACUACAGGAUUAACUCUGGGGAUAGUAAAGCACUGAAGGAUGAAAAUCUCCCUCCUGUCAUCUGCCAGGAUGUUGAAAACCUCCAGAAAUUUGUGAAGGAACAGAAACAGGUACAAGAAGAAAUUAGUAGAAUGUCUUCAAAAGCCAUGCUUGAAGUACAAGAAGAUAUUAAAACUCUGUCACUGGCUGCCAGUGGAUUACAGAGGAACACCCCCAGUAUUGACAAGUUGAAAACAGAAACUGCUCAGGUCCUUGCAGGAACAUUUCCUGGAGUGCGGCACAACAGUGCAGAAGGGAAAUCCUUUGUCCUCUUAAUAAGAUGUCCUGGAGCUUCUCAUCGGAGACUUGCCCUAGAAAGGAGGAAAACUGAUAAAGCUCAGACAGAGAUUGAGAAUGAAAAUGGAACCACUGUAAUAGAUCUUCCAGGUACUUUAUCCCUCGAAACGGACUGUUCAGGGACAGGCAUAUCACCUGCUGAGUGCAGCUUGAUAUCAGCGUCUCUGCCCCCAUGGCCUGAGGAGCCUGGCCUGGACAACCCCGCCUUGGAGGAGAACACGGCCACAGACACUAUGCAACAGCCGGUUAGUUUUCCAGAAGGCAAAAUUACUACAAUUGAAAUUCACCGGUCUGAUCCUUAUAUUCAGCUAGGAAUUAGGAUUGUUGGGGGAGGCUUAGCGCCACUGAACAACAGAUACAUUGUUAUCCAGGAAGUCUGUCGGGAUGGGGUGUUCACCAAAGAUGGAAGACUUCUUGCUGGAGACCCAAUUCUUCAGGCUAGUGGCGACAGGGUGGAUUUAACAAUUGCUAGGCCGGGGAAAUCCCAGCCUGGUAACCCUGUCCAGGACACAGGAGCUCAGGGUAGCAGCCAGCAGCAUGCACAGCCGCUGUACCACAACAGACCCAGCUCACACAAGAUGAGGCCUCGAGUUUGCAUGUUUUCAUUCAUCUGCCCUCAGGGAAUCCUUGUGACAAACUGGUAAGAUUUAAAUGAGGGCUGUUACUCUGUUGGAAAAGGUGAACACAAGGUGUUUGGGGGUGUGGAAUGUGUGUUUGGCUACCUUGAGAGUCCCUGUACAGUCUGUUCCUCAGCCAGUAGGGGUGGUUUCUUA